AUGAUGUCUAAUUUUUCCAGUGAGAUGGAUGUGAUCAAAACACAAAUACCAACUUACGAAGAGGAAGAUUAUGAUGAUGAUGAUAGCACUGUUCUUUACGCAUAUGAGCCAAACACUACAUUUUUCAAUAAUCAGGAAAAUGUCCUAUCGGACACAUCCUACAAUGAUGAGGAGCAGAAAACCGUUUCGGAUAUCCUUACCCAUUGUCAGGUUAUAUAUGAUGCUAUCCAAAACCUGGAUAAGAAAUUUGAUGUCAUUGAUGGAAAGUUGUCAAAAAUCCGACGUCUGCAUACAAAAUCCUUUUGGAACUAUCGCAAGCCACUUGGAUUUGCUUGCAAAAAUUAUAAUCGCCUGCUUUCUAAAAAAGUUAAAGUCCAAAAAGCAAAAAAGAAGGAACGUCUCAAUUCAUUCUCCUAUCCUGAAAGUUACAGCCCGACUUUACCAGUUCGCAGACCAGAAAAUGAUGACAGCAACAUUGUGAUCUCAUCUUUUCAAUCUGAGGAAUCCCAGGAGAUGGAGCAGGAGUCCCUGAUCAGGGAUCAGGAGUCAUCCCUCAGAGAUAGCCCACCGAUCCCACCACUCUUCUCUGGGCGUUCAUUCCAUACCUACCUCAGAAAUGAUGACAACACACAUGGUCCUUCUAUAGUGUCCUGCUUUGCCAGCCCUGGGGCUUGCAGCACCAGCAGCAACUCUUCUGCUGGAGUUUCCAUGCCAGUAUCUACAAAUGCACUGGCCCGAGGAGAGUCCAAUGCUGAUAUGAAGAAUUACCCGGGCUUGCUGGAUAAUACACAUGCUCGGUCAUCUCACCACAUGUCAUCUGGUUUUGCUACAAGUUCACCAGUUCAAUCUGAAUCCAUUGUGAUGAACCAAGACUACCCGGAGGAUCCUUUAACCUGGUCUGUGGAUGAUGUGAUCCUGUUUCUGAACCGUACGGAUCCUCAGAUGUCAGGCCCCCUCUCUAGCCUCAUUGAGCAACAUGAAAUUGAUGGGAAGGCCUUGCUGUUGCUGACCAGUGACACCAUGAUCAAGUAUAUGGGGUUGAAGCUCGGAACCGUCUUGAAACUGUGCCACUACAUCAAAAAGCUUAAAGAAGAAAAAGGCCUCAACAAUUUAAUGUUUGCAGAAGUUUAG